AGAGAUUCUCGUGUGGAUGUGGGGUUGCCUCCCUUGUCCAUCUCUUUCAGAUGGGGAGCUCGGCCCGCUGGCCUCCCACUGGACUCCCCUGUUCUCCUCUCCGAUGUGGCGCGAGUGAGCGCGACAGCUUCUCGUCUAUCUGAGCCGCCUGUCCCGUGUCCUCAGCUGUCCGUCCAGCUAGCUCCCCGCCGGAAGCGGAGAGCGUCGGAUUGGAUCCCCUCAAGACCCGGGAGGAGUCGAUCAGGACAGGCAGCGGAGGCGUUCAGGCUUCGGAUUGCUGGCGUCGGCAAUGGCGACCCUCCUGAUUUUUCUUUGGUUCAAGGACAGAAAUUCCUUGCUGAUUUCUUGAUUUGCGCGGGCAUUUAGUGUGGAUUGUGUUCCCGGCAAAGUUCCGUCCUGCCACACUUUCAGUCUAUAUUUCCGUGGAUCUCGCGAUCGAGACGUGUGAACAACCGCUUCUUUAUUCUUUCUUUUUAAUCCUCUAGUUUUUAUUUGAGUUUUCUUUUGCAUGUCUGGUGAUGCUGAUGUAGUGAUGCGUGUUUUUGCUUCAGAUAGUCAUCACUCGGCAGAUAGAGCGUCGCCAGUAGCCACUAUCGCUCGCCCGGCGACAUGGAGAAGGAGAAGAAGAGGAGGAGCUGGUUCGAGCGCAUCAGACGGCUCUUCACCUCCUCCGAGCCCAAGGAGAAACCGAGAGCUGACAAGAAGUCGAAGAGCAAGCGGUGGCUGCCGGGGAAGCUGAGGACGCAGCACUCGUUCGCCCUCCCGGCGCCGGCGCCGGCGCCGGCGCCCGCGGCCGCGGCUGCAGACCACGAGAUCAGGCAGGCGGAGGACGAGCAGAGCAAGCACGCCAUGACCGUCGCCCUUGCCACCGCGGCGGCAGCCGAGGCUGCGGUCGCCGCUGCGCACGCCGCCGCCGAGGUCGUCCGCCUCACCGGCCAGCAGCCCGCGCCCCCGCCGCUUGAGCAGGAGGAGCAUGCCGCCGUCUUGAUCCAAUCUGCUUACCGCGGGUACCUGGCUCGGCGGGCGCUGCGCGCGCUCAAGGGUCUGGUGCGGCUGCAAGCGCUGAUUCGGGGGCAGGCGGUGCGCCGUCAGACGGCGGCCACCCUGCGCGGCCUCGAGUCCCUGAUAAGGAUCCAGGCCCGGCACCGCUCCAAGGCCGGGGGCCCCGACCACCUGAACGCGCUCGACGGCGCGGACGACGACGACGACGCCCUGCUGCUGCGGCGCAGCCGGGAGCUCUACGCCGCCGCGGUCCACGAGCAGCAGCAGGCUGGCAGCAAGGGGUGGGACAGCAGCAUCUUCUCCAAGGAGGAGAUGAGCGCCAUGUCGCGGAGCCGGGAGGAGGCCGCGCUCAAGCGCGUGCGGGCGCUGCAGUACGCCUCCGUGCAGAGCGAGAAGCUGGGCAUCCGGCGGCCGCCGCCGCUGUCCAGGGACGAGGCCGCCGACGCGCUCACCCAGCGCUGGAGCUGGCUCGAGGAGUGGGUCGGCUCCCAGCCCUUCGACAAGGACGUACCCGUCGCGCACCAGUCGCCCUACAACGCUGCCGACGGCACCGCCAAGGCCCGCCAGGCGCUCGCCGGCCUCGGCGGCGACGCGGACAGGCUCGGCUGCUCGGCGCGGCGGUCCUUCGUGCGGACGAGGCGCGCGCCGGCGCGGGCGGGCGACUACUACUACGAGGACGCCGCGCCGUGCUCGCCGGCGCCGUUCCCGGGGUACAUGGCGUCCACGGCCUCCGCCAAGGCCAAGUUCCGCUCCAUGAGCACGCCCAAGGAGCGAUCCGCGGGCACCGACGCCUUCUCCGAGCACUGCUUCCCGUUCGCCGACCGCAUGCUCUCACCGAUCCCGUCCAUGUCGCCCAUCCCCUCCAUCGCCAGCGACAUGGGCUUCGCCAGGUCCACCAGGCCGCCCGCCGCGCAGCGGUCUCCGAGGGUUAAGGGCCCCAUGACGCCGGCGAGGUCGCGCUCGCGGAGGUCGCCGAGCCACCACAGCUUCGGCUCCGAGGCUGCGCUGCACCAGCUGCAGAUGGAGCACUACACACCAGUUCGGUGAAACAAAACUGGAGUGCCUUGAUUUUGCUUUGUGAUGCCAUACCCACCCAACCGUGCAGUCAGUCCAUCGGUGGCUCAUCUUUUGUGAAGAUACAGUUCCCUGUUCACAUUCUUUUGUUUGUUCACCUUUCUUGCCAGGAGGGUUCAAGUGUUGUUCAGUAAUGGAAUGUAACAAUGCAACAUGAAUCGCAAGCUUAGGUGACCAGCGCCACAAUGUAAGAACAGGAAUUAUAUGAGCAGUCAAAAGUAUUUUGCAUUGAGAAGAA